AUGAGUAAUGAGGCAAUGGAAAAGGAAAAUACAACAUUGUUGACAGAAUUUGUUCUCAAAGGAUUUGCAUACCAACAGGAGUGGAAAAUUCCCCUAUUCCUGGUAUUCUUAGUCAUAUAUCUCAUUACCGUCACAGGGAACAUUGGUCUGAUUGCUCUCAUCGGGAAUGAUCCUCAACUUCACAUUCCCAUGUACUUAUUCCUUGGGAGUCUAGCCUUUGUGGAUACUUGGAUAUCUUCCACAGUUACACCAAUGAUGGUAGUCAACCUCUUAGCCCAGAGUAACAUGAUCUCUCUCUCUGAAUGCAUGAUACAAUUUUUUUCUUUUGCAAUUAGUGUAACCACAGAGUGUUUUCUCUUGGCAGCAAUGGCAUAUGAUCGCUAUGUAGCCAUAUGCAAACCCUUACUUUAUCCAGUGAUUAUGACCAACAGACUAUGCACCCGACUGAUAGUCUUGUCAUUCUUGGGUGGUUUUCUUCAUGCUUUACUUCACGAAGGUUUUGUAUUUAGAUUAACCUUCUGUAAUUCCAACAUAAUCCAUCACUUUUACUGCGAUAUUGUCCCACUGUUAAAGAUUUCCUGUACUGACCCUUCUAUUAAUUUUUUAAUGAUUUUUAUUUUCUCUGGAUCAAUUCAGGUAUUCACUAUUGUGACUGUUCUUGUGUCUUAUUCAUUUGUUCUCUUUACCAUCUUAAGAAAAAAGUCUGUGAAGGGCAUAAAGAAAGCCUUCUCCACCUGUGGGGCCCAUCUUUUGUCUGUGUCUUUAUAUUACGGCCCUCUUCUCUUUAUGUACGUGCGUCCUCCUUCUCCAGAAGGAGAUGAUGAAGAUAUGAUGGGCUCUCUAUUUUACAUGGUCAUAAUUCCCUUGUUAAACCCUAUUAUCUACAGUCUGAGAAAUAAGCAAGUCAUAGAUUCACUCACGAAAGUAUUAAAGAGAAAUAUUUAG